AUGGAACUUGUCGUUCAACUGGCUUUUAGCCAGAUCCUGCAUAUCACCUUCUAUGCAAUUGCCAUCAUCUCGCUCGCGGUCUUUGCCAAUGUAGUCAAUCAAAAGGUAUUCUACCGACGCAAUGAGCCUCCAGUGGUAUUUCACUGGUUUCCUAUUAUUGGAAGUACAGUCAGAUAUGGCAUGGACCCUUACAAGUUCUUCUUUGAAUGCCGGGAAAAGCACGGCGACAUCUUCACAUUUAUCCUGCUAGGAAAGAAGACUACUGUCUAUCUUGGAAUCGACGGCAAUGAGUUCAUUCUCAACGGAAAACUUAGGGAUGUGAAUGCCGAAGAGGUAUACGGCAAGUUGACCACCCCGAUUUUUGGGACAGGUGUGGUUUACGACUGCCCAAACUCCAAAUUAAUGGAGCAAAAGAAGUUCGUCAAGUUCGGUCUGAGCCAAGAAGCCCUAGAAUCUUACGUGCCCCUUAUCCAAGAAGAAGUUGAACAAUACAUCAAAACAUCCGGCAAAUUCAAAGGCCAAUCCGAUAUCAUCGAUUUCGCUUCUGCAAUGGCCGAGAUCACCAUCUUCACAGCCGGUCGAACACUACAAGGCGACGAAGUCCGUGGAAAGCUAACCUCCGAAUUUGCCGACCUAUACCACGAUCUCGAUCUUGGCUUCUCACCUAUCAACUUCAUGCUCCCCUGGGUACCCCUUCCACGCAACCGCAAAAGAGACGCUGCACACACACGCAUGCGCGAAAUCUACCUAGACAUCAUCAAAGAUCGCCGCCAACAAGCCUCCAGCGGCAACCCCUCCCAAGCCAAAGAUAUGAUCGCCAACCUGAUGGCCUGCAUCUACCGCGAUGGGAACCCAAUCCCAGAUAAAGAGAUUGCACACAUGAUGAUCACUCUCUUAAUGGCGGGACAGCACUCCUCGUCUGCGAUUAGUUGCUGGAUUAUGUUGCGACUUGCCUCGCAGCCUGAAGUGGCAGAGGAACUCUACAAGGAGCAGACUGAUGCCCUUGGCUCUGAUAAAGUCCCACUCCGACCACUGCAGUACUCUGAUAUGGACAAGAUGCCCCUGUUAGCAAACGCGAUCAAGGAAACUCUUCGCAUUCACACAUCAAUCCAUACCAUCAUGCGGAAAGUCAAGAAUCCCCUCCCUAUUGCUGGGACAGACUAUGUUGUUCCAACAAGUCAUACACUUCUGUCUUCUCCUGGUGUUACGGCGCGUGAUGAGCGUUAUUUCCGGAAUGCCAUGGUUUGGGACCCGCAUCGGUGGGAGUCUCGUGUUGAGCUCGAAGAUGAGACAGAAACGAUUGACUAUGGGUACGGUGCUGUGUCUAAGGGAACUAAGAGCCCUUACUUACCCUUUGGGGCAGGAAGACACCGUUGUAUCGGUGAAAAGUUUGCUUAUUUGAAUCUUGCUGUUAUUGUUGCGACCCUUGUGAGGGAGUUUCGCUUUUACAACCUUGAGGACCGGGUUGGAGUUCCAGAAACAGAUUAUUCGUCCAUGUUUUCGAGACCGAUGCAGCCUGCGACAGCUCGAUGGGAGCGUCGGAAUGAGAGUUUGUAG